UCGUUGAGACUCGCGAGAAUUCAACCGGGCGAACAAAUUUCGCGUCAGUUUCAGUUCAACCCUCGGAUCGUCCGGACCGGUAAAUUUAGCCCGCAUUCAAGUGGAAAAAAGAAAUAUUGCAACAAAACCUUACCACACAUUCAACCACCGGUAUUAGGUACAAAUAAGCCAACACAACACCACCAGCAAACACCAUGAGCUCAGCGCAGUACUACCCAUUCCAAUGCACCCCGACCGUGUACGCGGCCGAUCCCUUCGAUGCCACCGAGGAUGCCGGAACUCUCCGCAAGGCCAUGAAGGGCUUCGGAACCGACGAGAAGGCGAUCAUCGAGGUGCUGGCCCGUCGCGGCAUCGUGCAGCGUCUGGAGAUUUCCCAGGCGUACAAGACCUCGUUCGGUAAGGAUCUUAUCAACGAUCUGAAGUCGGAGCUGGGCGGCAAGUUCGAGGAUGUGAUCCUGGCGCUGAUGACCCCGCUGCCCCAGUUCUACGCCAAGGAGCUGCACGAUGCCAUCUCCGGCAUCGGCACCGACGAGGAGGCGAUCAUCGAGAUCCUGUGCACGCUGUCCAACUACGGCAUCAAGACGAUCGCCGAGUUCUACGAGCAGCUGUACGGAGUGUCGCUCGAGUCGGACCUGAAGGGUGACACCAGCGGAGCCUUCAAGCGGCUGUGCGUCUCUCUGGUUCAGGGAAAUCGCGACGAGAACAACGGCGUCGAUGAGGGUGCUGCCGCGGCCGAUGCCCAGGCUCUGUUUGAAGCUGGCGAGGGCCAGUGGGGAACGGACGAGUCCAUCUUCAACCAGAUUCUGGUGACCCGGUCGUACCAGCAGCUGCGCGCCGUGUUCGAGGUGUACGAGAGCAUCGCUGGACACUCGAUCGAGGACGCCGUCAAGCGCGAGUUCAGCGGCGCCAUCGAGGAGGGCUUCAAGGCCAUUGUCCGCUGCGUCCGAUCGAAGGUCCAGUACUUUGCCAAGCGUCUGCACAACUCGAUGGCCGGCCUCGGUACCAACGACAAGACGCUGAUCCGUAUUGUCGUUAGCCGCUCGGAAAUCGACUUGGGCGACAUCAAGGAAGCGUUCCAGGAGAUGUACGGCAAGUCGCUCGAGUCGUGGAUUAAGGAGGAUUGUGAAGGCGAUCUUGGCGAUCUUUUGGCAACUUUGGCCUCGUACUAAGAUCUGAAAAAGAAAAUUGCAGAAUUCUAAGAUUCUUCUAGUUAAACUUAAACAAAACACAGUUCAUUUCGUUUCAUUCACACUAAUUUGGCAAAGGUUUUAAAUAGGUUUUAGAGGGCGUUAACUUGUGCCGUAGUUUCAAUCAGUUUUUGUUCUUCCAUUUUUCUUCUUCCAUCGAUCUCCCGCAGGAAGACCUGGGAAGUGAUUUGGGCAACCUGCUUGCCGAAGUGGCUACGUUCUAAAUCACGUCCAAGAGUGCACAACAAAGUGUGAUGCAAGCGUAAACGUUACAAUCCAUGUUUAAUGUGAAUCUUUUUUGUGUUUUUGAGAUAUUAUACUGUUUAGUCAAACUAGACUUUGUUGCUUCAAAAGCAUUUGAAUUUUAUGAUUUAAUUUAUUUAUGUUGUGCAAAGUGUCUUCACGUGAAUAUAUUUGUCGAAGUCAGCUAUUUAAACAAAUCAGAGAGUAAAUAAACAUAUGUUAAACGAAA